AAAUAUUUUUUCCUUAAAAUUUUUUUGUUUUCCUUUAAAAUCCAAUUCUUAGGAGCCUUUUAUUUUGGUUGUCGCCCAGGCCAUGGUGUCUUCGCUCCUUGUCAUAAAGUGCAAAUGGAGACAAUGAGAAGACAAACAGAGAAGGGAGGAAAAGCUUCACUUAUUGCUAAAGCUGAAAGGACACUUUCUCGAUCAGCAAUGCCUUCAUUAAACAUUGAUAGAAAUAUUAGUGAAAUACCAUCAACUUCGACUCAAAUCCCUCAGAUGCCUAUGGAUUGGUCUUUAAUGUCAAUGUCUACUGUUUCUAAUAAUUCUGAUUCGUCUUAUGUGAUUCGAAACCAUAAUAUCGACUUAAUGGCCAAUUCACAAGCAACUUAUACCGUCUUUGAAUCAGACUGCCCAAUGUUGUCAGAUUUGGAAUUAAGUGAAUCAUCUCUACUUAGAUUGGAUGAGGAAGACGAUGAUGAUGAUAGAACGGCUAUUAUUGGGUGGAUAUUGAAUGAAAAUGGCUAUCCUCGAACCUUCCGUCCAGACGAGUCUGUAAUAUUAGAUGGACCUAGUUUAGGAAUGGAUUUGCCAGUAAUUACAAGUCCAGAACCUGAAGACGAAGAAGAUUUGGCAGAAACACCAAUGGCUGAAACAAAAAAUUUUACAAAUGGAUUAAUAAAUUUAAAAUCUGAAAAUAGACAAAAUAGAAGUCAUUUGAAAUUAGAAGGGCUUGAACAAGGAAAUAAAGAAGAGAAUAAAUUGCCAAACAAAGUGAUUGCUGAUGGAAAGAUCGUCGUUGACAAUGCUUGUUAUUUGAGAACAACAAAUGUUUCAAACAGCCACAAUAAUAAUGCAAAUCCUCACCGAGAAGAAAAAGCGUCUAGUAAAGAAGAGAAGAAGACAAGGGCAAACUUCUAUAUUCCAAACAAUUCCAAUGGCAACACAAAAUCAUUCAGCAGCAGCCCGAUCCAAACCCAAGCAGCCAUCUAA